AUGGCCUCCCAGCACACCAAAGUGCUGUUCAUGGCCAACAGCGAACACGGCCAAACCAACAUCAUCCUCGCCAUCACGCACGAGCUGCUCGUCCGCGGCGACAUCGACGUGCACAUCGCCUCGUUCCCGGCCCUCGAGCGCCGCGUCGAGAAGCUCCUAACCGACAAGUCGCCCGCGUACGACGACUCGUACCGCUCGCGCAUCCACUUCCACCCCGUGCGCGGCCCGUCCAACACGGACGUCUUCAUCCGCACGGGGAAGCGCGGCGCCUUCCAUCCCCCCGGCUACCACGGCGCCGUGCUCGGCUUCCAGUCCCUCUGCGAGGAUAUCUGGGGCUGGACUGAGGACGAGUACGUCGACAUCUACGAGAGCUGCGUCGAGAUCAUCAAAGACGUGCAGCCGUCGGUCAUCGCGGCCGACUUCUUCUUCCUGCAGGGUCGUGAUGCCGCGUUUAAUGCCGGCUAUACGGCCAUUCUUAUUAACACGACGUCCCUGACACAUAUUGUGUUAGGGUUGCAGCCGAAUUCGGCCCCGUUGUGGAAAUACCCUCUCCCGGGAACUGGCUUCCCCUACCCCCUUCCAUGGCACUUGAUUCCCUUCAACGCGCUGGCGGGGAUCAAAACAGCCAAGAUGUACCACGGCAGCGGACGCCGGCGCGAGAUCCGUGAAUGGCGAAUCAGACAUAAGAUCCACGGUCGAUUCCCGUUCGCCGACGCCUGGCGUCCCGAUCGCUUCCAUCUCACCCCCGCUCUGAAAGAGCUGGACUGGCCGAUGGAUGUCCCGGACAAUAUCCUGCCCUGCGGACCCAUCCUGCUUCCCACGGCGUCGGUGCAGCAGCAGGACUCCGAGCUGGCCAGCUGGCUGGGCCAGGCUCCCACGGUGCUGGUGAACCUGGGGACGCUGUAUGCGCCGGAUCCGAACGUGGCGAAGAACAUUGCCACGGGGUUGAAGAUGUUUUUGGACGGGUGGAAGGGACAGAAGGUCCAGGUGCUGUGGAAGUUGCCGAAGCAUCCGCAUGAUGUGGAUAAUGUGUAUGAGCGGUCGAUUGAGCCGCUGAAGAAGGAGACGGAGGAAGGCAGCGUGCGUAUUGCGCCGUGGUUCGAGGUCGAGCCGAUGGCGAUGCUGGAGACCGGGCAGAUUGUCUGCUCGGUUCAUCAUGGGGGCGCGAACUCGUGGUACGAGGCUAUUCAGAAUGGCGUCCCCCAUGUCAUCCUCCCUGCGUGGCAGGACUGCUACGAGAACGCUGCCCGCGCCGAAUGGAUCGGCAUCGGCGUGUACGGGAACAAGAGUCGGGCGCCUAACAUCAGCGCGCCGGAGCUCAGCAAGGCCCUGCUCACGGUGAUGGGCAACAAGGCGUACAAGGAGAAGUCCGUCGAGCUGUCCAAGCUCUGCCACGUCAAGGAAGGCCGCAUCGCCGGCGCCGACAAGAUCGUCGAGAUCGCCCGCAACCCCGAGAAGAUGGCCAUGGCGUCGCCGGAGAUCCACGUCGAGGAUCCGCAGUGCAAGCUGUACGAGGUCAAGAACCGAUCUGGCAUGACGCUGCGGACCGUCCAGGAGCCCAAGACCGAGGGCAAGGCCACCUCGCGAUCCCUCCUCACCCAAACCGGCCAGUUCCUACUCAUGCUCACCCUCUGUAACGCGUGGUUCUGGAUGCCAAUCUUGGGCUACUCCCUCCUGCUCGUCCCUCGUCUCCGCCUCGCCGUCCUCUUCUACAUCCUAUACAUCAAGUUCCUAGCCAAGUCCCACACCACCGGCACUCUCCCCCUGCGCAACGACUCCCUCCGCACAUCCUGGAUCUUCAAGGCCUUCGCAUCCUACUUCCCUCUGACGCUGUACCGCACUGCCCCCCUCCCGCCUCACAAACGCUACAUCUUCGGCUACCACCCGCACGGCAUCGCCUUCCGCGGCGCCAUCGGAGCCCUCGCCGCCGACGGCGUCGGCUUCUCCUCCCUCUUCCCCGGGCUCACCAACACCCUGCUCAUGAAAGACGAAGUGUUCUGGAAACCGCUCCUGCGCGAAUGGCUACUCGCGAUCGGGUUGAGCGGGGUAUCUCGGUCGUCCUGCAUCCGACACCUGACCAAGGGGGGCCACGACGGGCGUGGCAUGGGCCGCGCAAUCACCAUCACGGUCGGCGGCAGUCGCGAGUAUAACAUCGCGCGCCCCGACAGCAUGGACAUCGUGGUUAAGAUCCGGAAGGGGUUCGCGAAGGUAGCGGUGCAAACGGGCGCCGAGCUCGUUCCCGUCAUGGCGUUCGGGGAGAACGAGCUCUUCGACAAGACGGAUAUCCAGGGCGGGCUUUGGUUUGUGAAGCUGAUUGCGAGGGUCUGGGAGGCUGUGGUGGGUCAUCGCGUGGCGUUCUCGACGGGCAGGUUUGGUGUCUUUUGUCCGAAGCUGGUGCCUCUGAAUGUGGUGGUGGGGAGGCCGAUUGCGGUGAAACAGCAACGGUGGGAGCCGGAUGAGAAGUAUAUUGAUGAGGUGCAUGGGGAGUAUGUGAGGGAGUUGGGGAGGUUGUUUGAGGAUUGGAGGGAUGUGUUUGGGGUGAAGAAGGGGGUGAAGUUUGUGGUUGUGGAGUAG